GGUCAGAUCCAGCGCACGGUGCUGGGCAGAGCAGAGCAGGCGUGCGCGGGGCUGCGGGAGCAGCUGCGGGCGGCGGCCGCGCAGAGCCAGGGGCUGCAGGCGCAGCUCAGCGAGAGCCACCGCAAACACGCUGAGGCUCAGUGCAAGAGCAAGGAGGAGGUGAUGGCGGUGCGGCUGCGCGAGGCUGACAGCAUGGCCGCCCUGGCUGAGAUGAGGCAGCGCGUGGCUGAGCUCGAGAUACAGAGGGAGGAGGGGCGGAUCCAGGGCCAGCUGAACCACUCGGACGCCGCCCAGUACAUCCAACAGCUCCGGGACCACAUCGACGAGCUCAAGGCUGAGAUCCGGCUGCUGCGGGGCCCGCUGUCCUUCGGGGGGGUGGCCCUGGGGACCCGCCUGGGGGACGAGGACUCGCUGGGCUCGUCGGACGAGGAGCUGCCCCCCUUCAGCCUCCCCCCUGGGGACAUCGGGGACAUGGGGGACAUGGGGGACAUCGGGGACAGCAGCGACAGCGAGGCCGAGGGGGGAAACCCUGAGCCCUGA